CCAUUAUAAGUUCCAGUUCGAACUCACGACCGCAAAGCUAUGAAUCGCUAGACCCUUGACGCACCGUCGUCGCAAGGUGGGGCUGGGCAACGGCGACGACGGCGGAAGAUGGGCUGGUGGUCUCUCUUCCCCGAUCCCCACCUUUCCGUUUCCCUCCCCCUCUCCCUCCUCCUUUCCUCUCUGGCGUUGAUCUUGGCGCUUGGCAUUGCCGCCUUCUUCCUCGAAUACGUCAGAAAGAUCGGAUGCAGGCACUCGCUCGAAAGAACCGCCGCCUCGGAUUCUUUCUUCGAGGAUCCCAACUCGUUGAAGAAGGUCCCUUGCCCUUCUAUCUGCGAUCCUCCUGAAAAGUAUAUAUCUUUGAUUAUUCCUGCAUUCAAUGAAGAGCAUAGGCUUCCUGGAGCUCUUAUUGAGACCAUGAAUUAUCUCCAACAACGUUCGGCAGUUGAGAAGUCCUUUUCUUACGAGGUUUUGAUAGUUGAUGAUGGAAGUACUGAUCGGACAUCAAAAGUAGCAUUUGAUUUUGUAAGGAAAUACAAGAUUGAUAAUGUAAGGGUUAUUCUACUCGGAAGAAAUCAUGGAAAAGGAGAAGCUAUAAGAAAAGGAAUGCUCCAUUCACGUGGUGAGCUGCUUCUAAUGCUUGAUGCUGAUGGGGCAACGAAGGUGACUGACCUUGAAAAGCUGGAAACUCAGAUACAUGCAUUGAGAGAACUUAACUCAUCUGCUGCAACGCCUAAUGGGCUGAGUUUGAAGCUGUCUGAUAUCGAGGUUGCUGCAUUUGGUUCUCGUGCUCAUCUUGAGAAGCAAGCUCUUGCUACAAGGAAGUGGUACCGGAAUUUUCUUAUGAAGGGUUUCCAUCUUGUAGUCUUAUUAACUGCAGGUCCAGGAAUUCGUGACACACAGUGCGGCUUUAAGAUGUUUACAAGAGCUGCUGCCCGAAAACUAUUCACAAAUAUUCGAUUGAAGAGGUGGUGCUUUGAUGUUGAGCUUGUCUACUUAUGCAAGCAUCUUGGUAUCCCAAUGGUUGAGGUCUCUGUUACCUGGUCUGAGAUUCCAGGAUCUAAAGUGCGCCUGACCAGCAUCAUACACAUGCUUUUUGAGCUUAUUCUUAUUCGUCUGGGCUACGGACUCGGAAUAUGGAAAAUUCACACCUGACUAUCUGUACACUCUCCCAUGGAGCUGACAAAAUCCUUAAUGUUGGCACUCUUGGAACUGCAGGAAGGUAUAAAGCAAUCAGGAAUUUGAAAUUUUGGAGCCCAUAGCAUAUCUGUUGUUGGGGCACCCAUAUCUUUGGUGGCUCUUCUAAAGCAUUUUUCAUCUGGGGGCCCGAACUUUCUGAUUUAUUUUUAGUAUAGGAGGAAAACACGAGAUUGAUAUAACUGUAAUCUACAAGUGACAAGACUAGAGACCUUUUAUGUUUCUGAUUGUUAAUUCCCUCCAAGGCUGCAUGUCAUUUCGACAAUGUAGAUCCUGUAACAAAGAACCAUAGACCCCGCACCACCCAUGAUCCAACUUGUUUUCAAACAAUACAGCCAUCUACAUGCUUAACUAUGUUGACUCUGUUGGCGCAAGGCAAACAUAUCUUUUUAAUAUUUAUAUUUUGUAAGCUAUUUAAUUA